UCGAAAAAACUUUCAAGGCCGCCGUGAAAAUCUGGAAAAACAAUUGUCUCCGAGUCCAUCGUUUCCCCGCGUGUGCAUUCCAAAUCCGUGACGAUGACGAUCCGUCAGCAAGUUAGCUCCGUGUUGUCGCUGCUCGCCUUUAUUUCGAUUUUUUAUUCCGUCGGCAAGUUGGGUCUGUUCCUGGCAACGCCCAUCACGGCUCAGGAACGGAAAAACGAUGCUGGCUUCCCGAGCGAACCGGCCGCAAUCCGAGCUAUGCUGUUUCCGCUGUUUUACAACCUCAUCUGGGUCGCUCUCUUUGUCCUGCAGCACUCGGGUUUGCGAGCCCCCAUAGUGAAGCGAUUCUAUCAGGCGAUUGGCCUGGACCUGGCCGAACGAAGCCUCUACAAUAUCGCCUCUUGCUAUAGUCUGUUGCUGCUGCUGAAGAACUGGAAAACGGCCCCCAACCAGUACCGGCUGUGGUUCUUCGAUGUCGAGUCGAACGAGGCGCUCUGGUGGUUUAUGAUGGGAUCGCACGUACUGGCCUGGCUCAUCGUGUACGGUGGCAGCCUGAUGGUGGACCUGCCGGAGCUGGUCGGUAUGAAGCAGGUGUACUAUGACGUCAACGAUCUGGCGCCGCCCAUGUCCUACAAGUCGCGUGACCUGCAGGAUUACUACCGCCGCUGCCGUCAUCCUUCCUUCGUUGGCCUUUCGGUGGUGCUUUGGUUCACGAACGGGAUGACCCUGGAGCGGUGCCUGCUGGCCGUCAUCUGGACCUUGUACAUGUACUUUGCCUGGAACACAACCAGGGUGGACCUGGAGUAUCACCGCCGGCAGCUGGAACGCAAGCGUGCUGAGCUGCUACGUGUGAACCAGUAAAAGGCCAAACUGGCCAAACCCUGUCCUGUACCGAAGUUAACACGCCCCGAACAUUUUUGGUGCUCCGUAUUUAAGAGGUAUACCCUCGCCUGGAAUGACUGACUAAUUUAUUGAAGGAUUUUACUUCUUUUUCAAAGUAAGCUCCAUGUCUACUAAACUAACCAAAGCCAAGAGUAUAUUCGGCGACGCUUAAGUAGAGGUCGAUGUUAGAGCGUUUCUUGCAGAAGGCAGAUGGAACAAAGCUGGCCAGGUGGUGGUGUUCCGGCCGCAAUAACGAGAUUUAACAUGAAUGUCUUUUUGAUCUAAUGUGCCGUUGCUAACCAUCUAUGUGCCCAAGGAAAUCUCCAGAACCAUUGUUCUCGAAUUUUACUAAUAUAUUCAAAGGAACCAAAUAAAUGUCAAUGCAAAUCAUC